CUCCCUAAAAUAACGUCACACACGUGCCGUCUGUGUAGUACACAACACUAUUUAAGGUUAGCUUACGAAUAAUAACUCAGAAAAUGGGUAAAAAGAGGAAAAAUGAAGACAAAGAGGAUGACAAUGAAUACGAUCCUGCACCGAAACAUUUGCAAGUAGCACACAUAAAAAAUCAAGAAAAACGUCUCAUAGUUAUAUUAGAAAAUGCUCAAUUGGAAUCAGUGAAGGUGGGCAAUAGCUUUGACUUGUUGAAUUGCGACGAUCAUGCUGGAAUAUUGAAGAGAAAUAAUCGUGAACCAGGAACUUGUAGACCAGAUAUUGCACAUCAGUGUCUCCUUAUGCUUAUGGACAGUCCACUGAACAGGGCUGGACUUCUACAAGUUUAUAUUCACACUGACAAAAAUGUUCUCAUAGAAGUCAAUCCACAGACAAGAAUACCACGAACUUUUAAACGAUUCGCUGGACUCAUGGUGCAAUUAUUGCACAAGUACAGUGUUCGAGCUUCCGACGGGCCAAUGAAACUUCUCAAAGUGAUAAAGAAUCCAGUGACGGAUCACCUUCCUGUCGGUUGUCGCAAAAUUGGCAUGUCCUUCAGCGCUAAGGGUGUUAAAAAUCCCAAAGAACUCGUGCCUGCUGAUGAACCCAUUGCUAUUGUUGUUGGUGCAAUGGCACACGGACAGAUCAAAGCAGAUUAUAUCGAGGACACAUUAUCGAUCAGUAAUUAUCCACUUUCUGGUGCUUUGACCUGCACCAAAUUGUGUUCGGCUUUCGAGGAAGUUUGGGGCGUAGUUUAACUGAUUCGACAAUAUUAUUUCAUUUUUGUACAUAAAUAAAUCACCAUACAUGAAAAA